GCCGCCUUUCCACCCGGACAACAACCGGAUCGAUUUAGUUUGUGAGCGGCGGUGGCGUGUGAGCUCCGGUGGAUUUCAUGAGGCUGGGCGGCGUGGUCGAGACUGAGAGCAGCGGAAUAGUCUAGGGAAGCAUACAGGGGGCUUUAAGCAUCAGCGGAGAGGCCGAGGCCCCGGCUGGGGGACUGUGGCACCAAGGUCGGGGUACGAGGCUGCAUCGUUUCGGACCCCAGGGUCCAGGACAACAUUGUCCCGGGCCCGGGGGUGGGGUAUGGAGGCCUGUGAUACCCCUGAAGAGGGAGCCCAUCCUUUUAGUCAUAGGGACCCCACCAACCCGGCAGCAAGCAAGUGUCACGGUUCUCCAGGGGAAGUGAGGAUAGCCGCACUCCAACAGGAGAGUAAUGCUAACCUGAUACGCGGUAGCUGCCACAGUCAGGUUAAUAAUAACCCGGGAGAGGCCCAUCAGGAGGAGGUGAGGGUCAGCCACAGUCCUCUUAAUGGUCAGUCACACCAGCAAGGAGAUAAUGCUAACCUGGGAGGGGGCAUUUGUCACGAUCAGAGUAACAACAAUGUGGAAGAGGCUGAUCUGGGAGAGGUGGAGGUUAGUAACUGCCACCUGAAAAGGGUGUGGCCUCGGGAAGGGAAUAAUACGCGCGCUGAAGAGGGUUGGUGUCACAGUAGGGGUAGUACUUUACGAGAGGAUGGAGGGUUCAGCCCUGGAAAUGGUAACCGCCGGUGUCAAGGGGAAGUGGAGGCUAGCGUAACGUUUAACAGCCGGUCGGAAGUGAAAGAGGGUGAGCAAGAUGUUCACUUGCAAAAUGGAAGAAGCCCAGAGGAUGGAUUGGGUAACUGCUUGCUAGAAUUUGAGGGCUCAAAAGCUGAGCUGGAGAGAGAGCAGGUGCAGGCUGGAGUGAAUGUGUUGGCAGCUGAAGGGAAAAGCAGUGAAGAGACUGGGAGAACUGAGGCAGCAUCACGGUGUGCUGCGGAAAGCAGGGUGCCCACACGGGAGCCUGACAGAGCAUCACAAGAAGUGGGGGGGAAUGAGGGCAAAGAUAUGUUGAUGGGGAACAGAAUGGAGGGAAUGGGCCCAGAAGCUGGUCUGCCUGGGGUGAAUAGUCUGACAACAGAGAAGACACUAGAAGAACAAGGGGGAAGGCAGGAAGUUUGCAUGAAAGAGGAGUUCACACAGAGUGCUUCACUGGCAAAGAAUUUAGAAGAUGAAGCUGUUGAGAAAAGAAUACAGCAGACGAGAAUUGGAGAAAGUGACAGAGAGGGUAGCAGCCAAGCCUUGGAACUGAGUGUGGUGCUGCAGGAGGCUAAAAGCAUCUCUGAACAGACUCCUGCAGAGUACGAUGUCAAGAAGGAUUUUGAACUAAUUUUGGAAGCAGAGAGCAGCGUGAAUUUCCAGGGGAAGGACUGUGAGGAAAUGGAAUUGGGCAGUGAGGAGUUACAAACAGCAGCAAGCACUGACAGCUUGUCAACAUCGCCCUGUGGCAAUUGGCCUUUGCAUUUUGCUCCUCCUCAUGUAUCAUUGGAUGUGCUCUCCCCCCUUGGAAGCAACAUACCCCAUCCGCUUGCCCUGAUUCCCCCCAGCCCGGACCAGCCCGACGACUCCACAUUACUCUCACCCACUGCAGACUGCCGGGGAAAGCACGCUGUGAAGAGGGUAACCUUUCCCUCAGAUGAGGCCAUCGUUUCUGGUGCAGUGGAACCUAAAGAUCCUUGGAGACACGCUCAGAAUGUGACGGUGGAGGAGAUUAUUGCUGCCUACAGGAAGGCCUGUCAGAAGCUGAACUGCAAGCCGAUUAACAAGCUGCUCAAACAGAUCCAAGAGUUUAAACACUUGUCACAGAGGUUGGACUGCUUGGAUCUAAAAGGUGAGAAACUGGACUACAAAGCUUCAGAGGCCUUGGAAGAGGUUUUCAAACGGGUUCAGUUCAAACUAGUGGAUUUGGAGGCAACCAACCUGGACGAGGAUGGGGCGUCGGCAUUGUUUGAUAUGAUAGAGUACUAUGAGUCGGCCACCCAGUUGAAUAUCUCUUUCAAUAAGCACAUCGGGACACGAGGCUGGCAGGCUGCAGCUCACAUGAUGAGGAAGACCAGCUGCCUGCAGUACCUGGAUGCGAGGAACACGCCGCUUCUCGAUCACUCCGCGCCUUUUGUGGCUCGCGCGUUGCGGAUCAGCAGCAGCCUCGUAGUGCUUCAUUUGGAGAAUGCCAGCUUAUCCGGCCGACCGCUCAUGCUCCUGGCAACUGCCCUGAAGAUGAACAUGACGCUGCGAGAGCUCUUCCUGGCGGACAACAAGCUGAAUGGACUCCAGGACGCGGCUCAGCUGGGGAAUUUGCUGAAGUUCAACUGCACCAUCCAGCUAAUGGAUCUGCGCAACAAUCACAUUCUGGACUCAGGUUUGGCAUACAUAUCCGAUGGGUUGAAGGAGCAGAGACAGGGUCUGGUUACGUUGGUUUUGUGGAACAAUCAGUUAACCCACAAUGGAAUGACCUAUUUGGCAGCUGCCCUGCCCUACACGUUGAGUUUGGAGACGUUAAAUCUCGGUCACAAUGCUAUAGGGAAUGAAGGCGUGCAUAAAUUAAAAGAUGGGCUGAUUGCAAACCGAUCAGUUCUGCGAUUAGGAUUGGCGUCUACAAAGCUCACCUGUGAAGGUGCCGUGGCUGUGGCGGAGUUCAUUGCUGACAGCCCCCGUCUCCUCCGGCUGGAUCUACGAGAGAAUGAGAUCAAGACUGGUGGGCUCAUGGCUCUCUCGCUAGCUCUCAAGGUCAACCAUUCACUGCUGAGGCUUGACCUGGACCGGGAACCCAAGAAAGAAACGGUAAAGAGCUUCAUUGAAACUCAAAAGGCCCUGCUCACCGAGAUCCAAAAUGGUUGCAAAAGGAAUUUCAUUCUUGCAAAGGAAAAGGAAGAGAGAGAACAGAAGAUGCGACAGUCUGCCUCAAUGCCCGAGAUCUCCGUGACUCUGUGCGAUAAGACAGAUGAGUUGCAAAAUGUCCAAACCUGCCCAAGGGGCGAGGAAUCAGGAAAUGGAGGUGCCCAGGGAAGUGUUCCGAACAUGACUGAGGACACUGAGCACUUGGAUGGUGCUGAUAAAUCGAGGGUUUCUACCCUCUCCGUGGAAUGUAAUUUGACUGAACAAGAUGAAUCGGUGCCACAGGCUGGUCUGAUCAAGCCACUUAACUCUGAACAACAGCAGGCUGCUUCAGAAAUGCCUUCUGGGAAGGAGUCUGUCACGGAUUCCAAGGCCGAUGGUGUGGAUAGCCCAGCCACAGUUGAUAACCCGCAAGAUAACACUGAAUUAUAUCCUGCAAAGUCGGAAAGCCCAGUCGCUGUCAGCCCGCCAGUGGAGGUCCCGUCACGAAACAAUGAGAGGCUUGUAUCCAGCCCAGGGAGAGGACACAAAGUCUUUGUGGUGACCAGAGUGGAAAGCCCACCGGAGGACCCCAGUAAUCGUGACGCACAGUGGGGAGAAGAAGCACUGCAGAGCGAAAAGAAUAGGACCACAGAUAAUGAGGCAGAAUCCCCCUUGGAGCCUUGUCAAGGUUCAGUACCAAGCACUACAGCAGCUUACACAGUUCCAGCCCCAGCCUCGGAAAGAAGUCUCCAAUCCAGGAGCCUGCCGAAUCAGGAAAAGCCGGUAGAGUACACUGAGCAUGACUUUGAGACGGUCUGUGCUAAAGACUGUGAUCAUGUGAUGCAUGGGGGCACCUUACCGAAUGGAUUCAAAGCCGACCUUGUGCAUAGACUGCCUGAAUUAGCAGUGUUAGCAACAGGGACGGAUGACAAAGUGUUGAGCUGCCACAUCGAGCAAGAGUUUACAAGUCCUAAAACUGAAAAGGAGUUGGAGAAGUUACUGCUGGAAGCGAGCCAGGAAACCUGUCGUGAAACAUCCUGAAGCUGAGCCGUGUCCUUUGGGUCCUGCUGGAUGUACUGAAGCUGACCUUGAAGAUGCCUGUGCAGUUCCCCCACCUACCUACUCUCCAAUCCUUCUCCUCCUCAAAAAAAAACAAAAAAAAAAGAUUUUUCUCUCCGACUUCUCCUCACUGCCUCUCUCACGGUGUCAGACUGCCCACCGCCGACCUGCGUCACUCAUCGCCUGCAGCAACGGCUCAUUCCAUCCCUCCUGCAGGGAAUGAGUUCCUGCUGACCUGGUUUCAUUUUGGUUGGAGUGGGUACCAAAGACGUGUCACCCAGGGGAAAAGAGGUUGGCUUGCAGUGUGCAGUCCAGUGGAAGGGUGGUUCCUCCUCACUGGGAUGAAGCUGUCCCGACACAAGAAGUGUCAUUGUCUAGAAUCUGAAUGAGUCAACCCCUUGCACUAUAGAUUUUCUACAUUAUAUUGUAAAUGUAUUGCAUUAUAUUGUAACAAGGCUUGGUUUAGCCAGUGAACUGCAUUUCCCUAUUUCCACUAUUGACGUUAGUCCUAGCAAGAGGUAGGACCAAUAUGUUCCCCUUUCCCAAAACUGACUUGUCUCCACUGUGUCUGUCUCUGUGUUAUUGACACUAUUUGUUUGUGGAUGGUGGGGAUGAAAACAUUGCACUAGUAAAGGGAAUUUUCAGCCCAGGUACUCUUUAUGGUAUAUCUCACCAUGAGGCUUUCUCCUUUAGAAGCUAUUUAGGUUGGUCUUUAUUGAUGUUGGUUUAAUGUUUUGAGGAAGUGGAUCGUGCAAGGCAUUCGCAGCUUGAACACUAGGAUCUUCAUUUAGGAGUGUGGUCGCACUGAGGUUUGUACCUGCUGGGAGCGAUCUCGUUAUAAACCAUGUAAAUAGCUGUACAUGGUUAUUGAUCAUCUCAGUGACCUACAAGCAACUGGAGAAUAACUAUUUGAAGUUUAAUGAUUUUGGUCAGUGACACUAGUCAGAAUCACUACAGAACAGAUCAUUGGUUCGCUGUUGCAUUGAAUGUGGGAGCUAGCUGCGUGCAAAUUGGCUGUGACCUCCCUUGCUUUAUAAUAACAAUCGCACAUCAGAAGUUAUUGUCUGGAUUGAACUUUGUGGUGUCCUAUGCCCAUAAAGACACCAAAUGCGUGCAAGUCCUUUCUUUUCUGGUGAUGGUCCUAACCCUUAUGUAAAGUCAGUCAUUCUGUGUGGAUUUCUGCAUUUUCUUGUCAAAUUUUCAGGGAACAGGAGGCUGAAAGUGAUGGAAAUCACUUUAAUCAUGAUUCUUGACUCGGUUGCCAAAAAUGCCUAGUGAUUUUUUUUUUAAAGUGUGGAAAAAUAGUGAUUGUGCUCUUGCGAUCAAUCAAAUUUACACAGGAGCUGUUUUCGUUUUGUCAGACAGUGACAUUUAAGACUAAAAUUGCCCCUGGUAAUGGAUUAGACUGCAAUACUUAGGGAACCUCCCUUGCUCUGUGUGAGUUUCCUGGCACAAGCACUGCUUAUUUUAAACACCACAUCAACCAAAACUGAUGAUUGCUCAAAGCCAAAGCCACGGCGUCAUUCCAUUCUUCCUGCUGCGAGCCGUUUGCUGGGCAGCUGACAACGCCGCCUCUGCGGCGCUGUCUUUCCAAUCAGUCAGAAAAUUUAUCUUGAAACCUUUGGUGUCUAGAAUGUGCCGGAAAACCACCACACAUCUGGCAACAAAUCUCUGGGCUGGCUCCUUCAUAGAGCAGCCAUUACAAGUAUUAAACAAUUUCCGUCCAUCAUUUUUGAUUUUGCUUUCGAUAUCAGGUACCAAAUAUUUUUGCUUUUUAAUGUAAUAUUUUGGUUCCCCGAUAUGUCAAAUAAGGCACAUGGCUUCAAGCUUGUGCAGUAUCCCUUGCAAUGACCUGUCUACUGAGAAGAAUGGUCUGUAUUUUGGCUUGGCUGAGAGAGAAAUCACACAGGAUCCGUAAGCUUUGAUGUUUCCUUAUACUGUCUCUGGGUACACUAUAGAACUACAUCGAUCUCUUUCUACACUGAUUCCUGGAAGGAUUGCUUUGUGGUACAGAGUAAUAAACAAAAGCAAAGUGUGAUAUUGAUAAUAUAGAUCAAAUUAUUGAUGAUUCAGUCCCUCUAUCUCAUGCGAUGUUUAGGGAAAAUAAAGAUUAGCUUCUUUGAUAUAAACUAGAGUUAUCUUACCCAGCUUUAGCCGCAGUGUCGCAUUACCUCAGUAUUAAUUUACUGCCAUUUAAAAUCAAUUUCAACUUCAGCCUAUUCUUUUCAAUUGAAAGAAAUUUCCACUCGGAAAAGCUGUAGGGGGUCAGAUGGAAACUGGUUGCCUUGUCUGUGACAGGCGUAAUGUGCAAAGAAUUAAGGCUCUAUUUGGUACCACAGGGACUAGACUGGGUCAGGAGCAGGAUAUUUGCUCCCAGUUCUACCUCGGUGAAGAUGUAGUGUUUACGCUCACUGUGUUACACUCUUUUCCUUAUGCAGAAAAGAUUUAUAGUCAUAAAAAUGGCAAUAAGGAAAGGUUAAUAAUAAUACAUCCAACUCUAAUGGAAUAGAAACUAGCGUGUUUUGUAGAGAAAUGAAUGCUUCAAUUCAGGCUAUCAUAUCAACAUUAAUUCAUUAAGGCUUUCCUUUUAUGUGUUAUUGUCUAGGUCUGAAGUUUUUAUAGGUGUGUGUGUGUGUAUGUAUGUUUGUGCGUGGGUGCACGUUUGCUUGCCUCACAUGGGAGAUAGGCUUGUGAUUUAGAGAAGGCAAGCUGACCCUAGCAUGCUGAGCAGCGGGUAUAUGUUACCCGGGCACGCUUCACAACCUCAGUUGCAGCUCAGGGUGUACACGGAUCAUCAUUUGCCAACUCCUGACCCCAGCUACGAAUAUACAGGCUGCUUUUAAAAUUCCUGUGAUGGUUGGUCCCUCUGACUUACAAGCAAACAAUGAGGCACUAGCCUAGAUCCUACCAGAACUCAGCAUCUUCUCUAAGACUUGCAAAAGAAUCGUGACAAAUAGGAACGCAUGCAUGUUGCAAGUGGACACAGACCAAGCUGAAACCACAUGACGGACAAUGCAAAGUUGCAGAAAGACCAAUACAGACCGACUUUUCUAUGAAGUGUGUAAGUCGCAAUGUGCAGUCAUUGGUAUGAAUCAGCAUGUGGUCCGCGUGUAUGACCAACUGGAGAAGCUCUCAGGAUGGUAGUGGAGAGAGGAGAACUUAGCACAUCCUCAUUUCUUACUAGUGCAUCUACAAAGUCUGCCUGCGAUACGAGCGGUAGGUUGUUGCUCCAAGAGUUGUAUCUGACUGAUCCCAAAUGAAACUGGUGGAGUCAUCUACCCUAUCAUCUGAGUGCUCGACUGCAGAGCUGGUCUAAAAAGUGCAAUAAAUGCCAUGCAAUGAGCAUAACUGCAUGCAGGUUACACUUGGACAUGUAUAAAUAAACUGAUGCUGUGACUUUCUAGCCUUUAAAUGCAGAGAAUCUGCAUAUAGCAUAACACUAUGUAUAGAGGUACGUGUUAACUUGUGUCACAGGGCUGCUUAAAGUCUGAUUCUAUAUUUUUUUUCCCUGAUGUGUACUCUUGAGGUCUUGUUGUAAUAAUUGUGAAUUGUUUUUCUUCCCCUCCCCCCCCCUUUUUUUUGACUGAUUCACACACUUGAGGAGUGACGUGGCUGAUGCAAAGAUGUUACUUGACACUGUCCGGGCACUGCAGCAGUCUGGGGAAGGAGUGGGGUUUUGCAUCCUGGCAACAAACUCUGCCAGAUCCAGGCUGUGAUUACUACUUUUUGAUUUCAGUGGGUCUUGCUCUCAUUUUAAAAACUCAGCACUGAACAUCCUCCAUUGCAGGUUAAACAUCUGCUGGAGCUCCAAAUCCUCUUCAUAACAUGUUAUGAAGGCAUCUAGGAUCGACGUCUGAAAUAAAUGGGUAGAUACAAUGGGCCCAACAGUGGGGAGAACAGCCCUUCUGAGAAAUAAUACACUACAGUGACAUAAUUAGCUUUGGUUUACAUUUCCUGCUCAAAGCAAUUAAAACGAGUGCAAUCCCAGACACACUGUCAAUGUAAUGAGUCUGGGAUCUUCCUCACAAUGAGGGUACAUUUAUUCACAACUGUUGUUCAGCAGCAUUCCAACUGCAUCCCUUCGAGGCUAUGUGUAUGAAGGCGAAUACUUCUGAAACCAUUUACUUGUCCCUAAAUUACCCAAAGGGCUUUUAGUUUUAAAAUGAGCUAAUUUGUUUGUGGACUAUGCAGUGAGAUUGGUGGAUGUGUUUGGAUCCAUAUUGAAUUUUUUUUUAUUAUUCUUAAGCUGGAUUUGGGAAUCACUGGUGGAGCUCUUAUUUGUGGAGUUCUUUCUAUUACCCUUGAAAAGUGGUGGUGGGAUUAGAACGCAACAUUAUGUUUUCCAUCUACCCUUGAGAAGAUGGUGGUGGUAUUGGAAACUAAUGAGGACUGUCUGAUUCAGGGCAGGAAGGGAGUGACAGUAUUAUUUUCUACUGAACCAUGCUGGGUCAAGAAACCAUCACAUCCCCUCCCACCCCCAAGAUUAACUUGCACUCAUGCAGGUCAGUGAUGGACUUCCCAGUAGGGCAGAGAAAAAUUGGCCAUGGCUCUCAACAUUGGACUUGUACUGAGUCCUGGGUUGGAUGCCUCCCCGCCACACACCCAAGCAGUGUCUCUGGUCAGAUAACUGAAUGCCAAAAGGUGUCACCACCUUUGUCAGAGGAGGGGAGGAACCUGAGGCAAAAAGCGUGUUUGCAGUGUUAGGGCAGUGAUCACAGUGGGCCAGAUGUCUGAUUCCACAGGAAGGGAACCUGAAGGAAACAGGGACAAGAUCUUGAGGAUGAAUUGGGUCAUGGCACGUUGCAAUUUGUAACUCACAAUGUGAUCAGAAAUCAGAGAGGGAUGAGUACCAUUUUCCCCACUGAAACACAAGAUGCAGAGGCUGGUUGAUGGAGAUAGAAGGGAAACCAACUGAUGAUUCCUGAUUCUACUUUAUUAAGCAAUUGUUAUGGUUUUAAGAAUUACGUGAGGUGACCUUUCUGGAUGGAGAAUGCAUCAGCUGCAACACUACUAUCUGUGGGUUCAGAACAUAUCAGCUUGGUUCCCCACCGCCUGACCCAGCACAGUACUCUGGACAAAGCCAGCACCAACUCCAUCCUUGUAUACUGACCCCUCAUUGCCUCAUAGUAACCCUAGUUGGUCCCUAUACAAAAAAACUGUCCACACCUGAUGCAGUUUAAGUAUGUUGAGGAUUUCCUGUUUCCAGCAAUACUUUGGACACAGGUGAAAGAUUUUCAGUGCUGUGGAAACUUAGUGCAAUCUGCCUGUAAGUGUUGUAGAGUACCAAAGUAAAUCCAGGAAUUUGUGAUUCCACAGUUUAAAAUAAUUUCCACAAAUGACACAGAUGACUACUGAGAAGCCCAGCCAAUCCUGGGCCAGUUAUUCUGUUCAAGAGUUGACUCUAACUAACAACUGGGAGCCAGGCUAAAAAUCUUUCCCGCACUGAUGUCUACUAGCUGAUUUACUUUUUCUUGUGCCUUCACUACCUCCCACCUUUUAUGCAGCUUCUCAUUGUCAUGGGGUAAUUUCAUAGGUUGUGGUGGGAUCCUUCCUGUCCACAUCAAGCUUAACACAGCACUCUGUGUCUCUGUCUGCCUCUCCCUAUCUCCCUCUCCUCCCACCAUCACUUCUCCAAUUCCACCUCACCCCUCACACUCCUUUCUCUUUUUCUUUUCUGUUCCAUACCCAACUCUCAACCAUAUAAUUUCUUUUGCUUCCUAUCUGAAGCUCCCUGACCACAACACUGGCAUUUAAAGUCACCACAGCUGUCGCUGUCACUAAGCCUAACCCACUGACUGUAAAGAUGGCCAGUUACUCAGACCAACCUCUGCCAUAUCCUCCUGUCAACCUGAAGACUAUCACAAUGGUUAUUAUUUUCCGGAGAAAUCAUACACUUUGUAUUUCUUUAAUCAGCUCAUAGGAACUGCCAGUAUGCUGUGUUUUGAAUCCUUUGUUAGAGUGCACCAUGGAAGUAUUGGGGGUUCACCUGGAGUUGUUGCUUUUUGUCCAUGUACCUGUGGGUGACAGAGCAUGCAUCUCCGCCCACAGUCUGUCCAUGUUGAUGCCUCCUCAAGUACCUGCACUUGUACAAGCCACUUGAUUGGUCUGUUGAUUCUGUUGAAGUGGAUGUACCCUCCACUGGGCCCCUCUAGGUCUCUGAGAUGAACCUAAUGGAAUUAUGUGAGUUUUAAACAUCUUUGGAUUUAUUCAGAAUCUUGGGUAAUAAUUACAAUUAAAAAAUUCUUUAAGUUAAACUGAGUCAUUUUGCUGUGCUGCUCUUCCACUAUAUGCAUUGCUGGCUGGGAAUUCAGUGAUUGAACUGGCUGACGCAAUGGAGCCAGCUCUAUCAUGGGCACUAGCUUCCUUACCAUUGAGGACAUCAUCAAAAGCUGAACCUCAAAAAGCAGCAUCCUCACCAUCCAGGACAUGCCCUCUUCUCAUUACUACAAUCAGAAGCCUGAAGACGCUCACCUAGCAUUUUAGGAACAGCUUCUUCCGCUCUGCCAAAAGAUUUCUCAACAGUCCCUGAACACUACCACACUAUCUUCCUCUUUUUUAUAUACUCCUUGUAACUUAUAGUAAUUUUCCUUAUGUAUACCAUUGUACUAUUGCCACAAAACAGCACAUUUUCUGAAAUACAUCAGUGAUAAUAAACCUGAUUCUGAUUUACAGACCUCACUUGAGGUA